AUGCCUUCCUUACAACCUGAGACAUUCGGUGAUGAUACCGUGCCAAUUGCCAUUGUUGGCAUGGCUUGUCGGUUUCCCGGUGAAGCAACCAACUUGGCCAGAUUCUGGGAUAUGAUGGUUAAUGGCAGGACCGGCCAUUCCGCAAUUCCAGAAGAUCGGUUUAAUGCAGAUGCCUGGUAUCAUCCAAAUCAUGAACGGAAAGGAGCUAUACAACCGCGUUCUGGCUUCUUCCUGGAAGAAAGCCCGGCCGUUUUUGAUGCACCAUUUUUUUCUAUGACGGCUAACGAAGCCGCUGGCAUGGAUCCCAUGCAGCGGAAACUACUUGAAAUUGCCUAUGAAGCCUUCGAAAAUGCGGGAAUACCUAUGCAUACUUUGCCCGGUUCUGCUACUGGUGUCUACAGCGGUGUCAUGACCAAUGAUUACGAGUUGAUGACUGCCGGAGAUGCUAUGCAGCUGCCGCAAAACGCGGCAUCGGGCACAAGCCGUGCCAUGCUUUCUAACAGAAUUUCUUGGUUCUUCGACUUGCGAGGCCCUAGUUUUGCCCUAGACACUGCUUGUUCAUCUAGUUUGUAUGCUUUACAUCUAGCUUGCCAGUCACUACAAACAGGCGAAACUAACCAAGCGCUUGUGACGGGUGUCAAUCUGAUUCUCGCUCCCAACUUUAUCUCGCAACUAUCAUCGAUGCAUAUGUUGAGCCCUGAUGGCAAGAGCCACUCCUUUGAUUCGCGCGCCAACGGCUAUGCGCGUGGCGAGGCGCUUGCUGCGGUUGUUGUUAAGACCCUUAGUCAAGCAAUUGCAGAUGGUGACACAAUUCGUGCCGUUAUCCGGGGCACCGGCGCUAAUCAAGAUGGAAAAACAGUUGGGAUUACAAUCCCUAAUGGCAAGGCACAAGCAGACCUAAUCCACAACGUGUAUGCUGCGGCUGGCCUUGACCUAGGAGAAACAGGAUAUUUUGAGAGUCAUGGGACUGGGACUCCCGUCGGGGACCCCAUCGAGCUGGCUGCAAUUGGAAACAGCUUUGGUACUAACCGCAGCCGCGAAAACCCGCUUAUUGUUGGGAGUGUUAAAGCCAACAUUGGCCACACUGAAGGAGCUGCCGGGCUUGCAGGCAUAAUCAAGACGGUGCUGGUACUAGAGCAGGGUGUAAUACCUCCUCUACCAGACUUUCGGGAGCUUAACCCGAAGCUGGACCUCGAUUCCUGGAACUUAACUUUGCCUCUAAAGUUGUGUCCUUGGCCCACUACUGGGCUUCGUCGAGCCAGCGUAAAUUCCUUCGGUUUUGGCGGUGCCAACGCGCACGUCAUCCUAGAUGAUGCACACCAUUAUUUACUGUCCCACGGCCUGCGCGGCCAGUACCUCAAGGUAGCCCCUGAAACUAACUCGCCGGCUGAUUCGGGGUUAAGCAUAACUUCUAUGGAAAGCCAUGAGGACAGCACAGGUAAAGGAGAUAUACCCAAGCUAUUAGUCUUCUCAAUGUAUGAUGUCGCUGGAAUGCGUCGAAUGGAAGCAUCUUUUACAGAUUUCCUUGUUCGAGAUAUGACCUCUACUGGAGAGCGAGGCGCUUUAUUGAGUGGCCUUGCCUACACGUUGUACAACCGCCGCACAGUAUUUGACUUUCGCAGCUUCGCAGUCGCCGAAUCGAUAUCUACUUUGGUCACAAAGCUUAAAGAUGGCCUACCAAAGUUUAGUCGUGCCUCUCGACAUACAAGUCCGGUAUUUGUGUUCACUGGCCAAGGAGCACAAUGGCCUGCUAUGGGACGCGAGUUACUCUCGAAUUCGGUCUUCCGUUCUAGCAUUGAAAGCAGCCAAGCUACCCUGCAUCGUGUAGGAUGUGAAUGGAAUGUUUUUGAACUUCUUUCUGAUCCCACUGAUAAGCGUAUCGAUCUCCCGUCUUUCUCUCAGCCUGUGUGCACGAUUUUGCAAGUUGCCCUGGUAGACCUACUGCAGUAUUGGGGGAUAAAGCCCGGAGCUACUGUUGGCCACUCUAGCGGGGAAGUAGCGGCAGCAUAUGCGGCAGGAUUUAUCUCGCAAGAGGAAGCUGUACGGAUUGGGUACUGGCGUGGAUUCUACAGCGAGAGGGUCAAGAACGAAAAUAAGGAAUGCAAGGGUGCCAUGAUGGCUGUGGGUCUAUCUGAAACCAAUGUGCAAGAAUACCUCAGUGCGGUUCCUGAGGGGGCCGUGGUUGUAGGGUGCAUUAAUAGCCCAUCUAGCGUCACUCUUUCUGGCGAUUCUGAGGCUAUUGAUCACCUGGAGGCUCUUAUCCGGAACGAUGGCCACUUUGCACGAAAGCUCCGCGUUCAAGUUGCCUAUCAUUCCCACCACAUGCAACUUGUCGCAGAUGCCUUUCUCCACGCUUUGGGUUCGGUUGACCCUAAACAAUCCGAUAUCCCAAUGUUUAGUUCCGUCACAGAGCAGCUAAUUGAAGAACCAUCUAUGCUUCGAGCGCAAUACUGGAUGCAGAAUUUGGUGUCUCCUGUGCGGUUUUCUGGUGCUUUGACGAAUCUGCUCGGCUACUCUCCUAGAGGCAAAGCUCGCCGCCGGAGAGCUGGGGUGACGCAAUGGAGCGCUCUGGUGGAAGUUGGGCCUCAUGAGGCGCUCAAAGGGCCCUGCAAACAAAUUAUGUCUGCAUGGGAUAGUAGUGACCCUGACAAGAUUCCCUACCUAGCUAUACUGAACCGGGGAAAGAACAGCAGAGAAACAGCACUUGCUGCGGCCGGAAUACUCUGGGCAUCUGGCCAUGGUGUUGACCUACAACGAGUAAAUGAACACCAGGAUAAUCUCCAGACUAUGUCCGCCGAUCUGCCUCCAUACGCAUGGAAUCAUGAAAAGGAGUUUUGGCACGAACCUGCAAUGUCAGCUUCAGCACGUCUACGGAACGAGCCUCGGAAUGACCUCCUUGGAAUGCCAGUACCACUUCAAAAUCCCUUUGAACGACACUGGCGCAAUUAUUUAAGCGUAUCCGAAUGUCCCUGGCAAGCAGAUCAUGUUAUAACUGGUACGGUCCUUUAUCCCGGUGCUGGCCAUUUGAUUAUGGCUGUAGAGGCCGCUCAGCGACUGGCUGAUACAGAGAAAGAGCUGCUCGGGGUCGAAUUUCGGGAUGUGCAUUUCAGCAAGGGACUUGUUAUCCCACCAAUUGAUCAAGCGGUGGAAACACUACUUACGACUAGACCUCAUGACACAUUGCCCGGGUGGUAUCACUACACUGUGUACUCUAUCAAUUCGACCGCAUCCUGGACAAAACAUUCAUGGGGAACUAUAAACCUCCAUUACGAAGAUUCUCUCGCGCAGGAUCAAGCAAAUAAUUAUUGCCAGACGUACCAGAACCUUCGUUCGCAGGCGUCUCAGCCUCUAAAUAUUGCGUCCUUUUACAAUCAGCUACAGUCCAUUGGUACUGAAUAUGGGCCAACAUUCCGAAACGUGAUUGAAGCGGCCGUUGUGCCUGGACAGCAUAAGGGAGUCGGCACAAUUAUCGUCGCUGAUACCAAGUCAGUAAUGCCGCAUGGAUUUGAGUAUCCUCACCUCAUCCAUCCUACAACACUUGAUGCUUUCUUCCAUCUGAUUUUCGUUGCGAUGGGCCAGGGUGAACCCCUCCUUGAAUCGGCUAUUCCAACUACGAUUGGCCGCUUGUUCAUUUCUACGGGCCUCCCAUUUAAGGCUGGUACCAAAUACAGUGGAUUUUCACACGCUGAGCCUUUAACAGGACGGGAUACUCUUGGAAGUAUUGUCAUUUCCGACGAAAACUGGUCAUCCAGGCCUAAAAUUAUUGUUGAAGGAAUGGUAAUAACAGAGGUCUCCUCGGGGGCUGGCUCACCUGCUUCUUCCCUAUCUCUGAGCAGCCAUGGUCGAAUCUCCACGUUGGAUUGGAAAGAGGAUCUGGAUGCCCUCAUGGGCUCUGCUGCCGAGUCCUGGCUAGCCCAGGAGUCUGUUAGACGCCAGAGCACAUUUGGUAUAACGGCGGCUGUAUCUCAGCUCCAUGAGUGGUUAAGUCUAGCUUGUUUUAAACACACCGAUUGGAAAGUUUUAAUUGUGAACCCUUCCAACUGGAGCCACGGUGCGUUUGAUAUACUGGAACACUUUGCUACAAAAGCUGGAGAACGGUAUCGAUUUGCUCGCACAUCUAUCAUCGAAUCAAGUGAAGAGGCCAUGAACCAGAUACAGCAAGCCUUAGAAUCGCUAAAUGUCAACAUCGACUAUAUAAUGCCAAAUGUGGAAGAGAAAGAAGACCUAAGUUCACUUGGAACUUUUGACUUGGUCCUUGCCCCUUUCUGCUGUGCAGAGCGGCUGCUAAAUGUUGCUUCUCUGAUACGCCAUGAGGGCAAGGUGGCCUUAGUCACGACUUCAAGAAAUGACACUGAAAAUGACAUGUCGGAUGAGAGUUUACGGAGUAAUGCUCUGUCCGCAGCAAAUCUCAUACAAACGGUACAUGUCGUUUCCGAUCAAGACGAUUCCGAGCUUUUGAUAGCUACUAGAGGGCCGGAGCAAGACCCAUUGGAUAACCUAAGUGAAAUUGUGAUUGUGCAGCGGUGCAACCCAUCCCCGGACGCCAAAGCCUUUGAGGAGCGUCUUAUUGCACGACUAAGUACCCCAGGUCGUCGCGUUUGGUCUACGACUCUGUCAGGGGCAAGUGAUCUAUCCGGAUGCACAGUUAUUUCGCUUCUAGAGUCGGUAAACCCAUUCGUGAUUUCAUGGACACCGGAAGAUUUUGAACAAUUCCGCCAACUCACUGCCGCUAAGUAUGUCCUCUGGAUUACUCGUGGGGGUAUACUAGAAGCAGGAGAAGACUCACUCAAAUAUGCCCCAUCAACUGGCCUCCUACGUACAGUGCGAGUUGAAAAGCCUCAAAUCCGGCUACCGCAUCUCGAUUUGUCACCUUCUGGAGAUAGAUCUGCUGAUCGAAUAGUGGAUAACAUAUUAACAGUUUUCCGCCUUAGCAUCAAGGAGCCUAGCAGUGGGGCGAAUAAUGACAUGGAAUAUGCUGAGUUUGAUGGCCGUUUGUGGAUUCCCCGUGCGAAAGCUCAUAACGGCCUGGAUCAUGAGCUGUCUCUUUAUGCGGGAACUACCACCAAUGUACAAGGACCAUUGUACCACACAUCUAUGAGCCGGAAGCUUGAGACAUACCGUGAAGGAAAUUCAACCAACUUCCGUUGGGUUCCUGACCAUACACAACAGUGCACUCUAGCUGAUACUGAAAUUUUAAUACAGCCAUCCCACAUUUCCUUGGGCCAGGCAGGGGCGAAAACCUCUUCUUUAGUCAACAGCGUCUUAUCACCCUCCGACCCUAGAGUUGGAGUUGCCGGGGUUGUGAUGCAAGUUGGAUCCUGUGUGUCCAACUUUGUGGCUGGAGAUAAAGUCCUCACCCUCCAACGGAAUCCGUUUCAUACCCAUCUUCGGAGUCUAGAGAGUCUUGUGCAUAAGGUUCCGACCUCAUUAUCAUUAGCAGAGGUUGCUAUCUUUCCCUUAGCUGCAGCCCAUGCAUGGCAUACUCUUAUCAACAUCUCCCAAUUUCGUGCUGGAAAGUCAGUUUUUGUUAGUGGAGCAGCCAGUAGCUUUGGUCAGGCAUUGAUUCAACUUGUUCAACUUCUGAAAGGCGAAGUUUUUAUCUCAGUGCCCUUUGAAAGAGACGUUAAGUGGUUGGCGGAGACAUACAAGCUCCCGCCUAAUCACAUAUUCGACGAAUCAAACCCCAAUAAAUGGCCUUCUGGCAUAUUAGAUGCAACUAAUGGUAAAGGUUUAGAUAUUAUCAUCAACAAUGAUGCCAGAGCCCUGGCUAUUCGGAAUCUCUCUGUCUCUAUUGCUAAUAACGGAAAAUUUGUGGAUGUAACCCAGCAGAUUGAACCAUCCAUGCUAGCCCCCGGGAUAUUAAAGAAUGGUGUUAGUCUAAUAUCCCCCGACUUUGACUUGCCGGAUGCCGAACUGUUUGACUUGGUGAAAAAGGCCCUCGACCUAGUUAACAUUGGGUGCCUUCGGCAAAUUCACCCAAUUCAUCAAUUUUCAGUGUCCGACUUGGAUGAAGCUGUCGUUGCGUCAAAUGAAGGACAAUCGUUAUCUUCAGUCGUGGUUGAAUUCUCGCAGGAGGCCAAGGUGGUCCUUUUACCACCCCCUCCACCACCGCUCGAACUAAAUCCUAGUGCGACAUACAUUCUUGCCGGAGGUCUAGGAGCCCUAGGCCUUACCAUUGCGAAUAACAUGUGCAUCCAUGGUGCGCGGCAUUUGGUCUUCCUGAGUCGCUCCGGAGCUUCGAGCCUUCGACAGCAGAAGGCGCUCCAAUGCCUCCGCUCCCAGGGCUGUGAAGUGGAGGUAAUAAGGUGCGAUGUGACAGACAAGGAACAGGUUCUAAUGCUCGCCAAAGUUAUCCAAGAGAAAAACUGGAAUCUGCGAGGCAUUAUCCAACUUGCAAUGGUUCUUCGGGACUCGAUCUUUGAGAAUAUGACCUUUGAUAAAUGGCAGACAGCAGUGGACCCGAAAAUCAAGGGCACUUGGCAUUUGCAUAGCUACCUCCCCAAGGAACUAGACUUUUUCAUCAUUCUAUCGUCCCUCUCAGGUAUAAUUGGAAAUACUGCUCAAGCAAACUACAGCGCCGGCAAUACGUACGAAGAUGCCCUAGCACACUAUCGACGAAAGCUUGGCCUGGUUGCUACGACCCUUAACGUUGGCUUGGUCAUCGAUGCUGAUCAUUUUAACGAAGACAAUACUGUGGAAGAUUAUCUACGCAAAUUCAGCCAUUGGAUCCCAGCUCAGGUAACCGAUAAGGAACUACAGAACACACUCAUUGCCGUGAUGCGUGGGGGAUUAGCGGACGGAGAGAGAGUGCCAGACCAGCUGCUUGUUGGACUGUCCGAUCAGGUCCGGCGAGAUGGAGAGAGCCUUAAUCUUUGGCCCAUGGAUCGAAAAUUCGACCACCGCAUCAGCUUUUCCGACUCUACUCAGACAGUGAAGAAUGAUAGCCAUGCUCAGAAACUGCAGGCUGUACAGACGAUGGUUGAGGCCCAAGCAAUUGUUGAAGAAGCGCUACGUCUAAAUGUGGCGAAUGCAAUGACGGCUUCUCCCGACGACAUAGAUGUCGAAAAACCUCUUUAUUCGUUUGGCAUUGACUCUCUUAAAGCCAUCGAGGUACGAAACUGGAUCUUCAAUGAACUUAAAGCAGAUAUAUCGGUUUUCGAGAUCCUCAGUCCAAUACCCCUAAGCCAGCUAGCCAUGAGCAUUAUAUCGAAAAGUUCGAUUGUUCCUCAGGGGGUUGUAGAAGUGGAAGAGGGAGAGAGAAAAACGUCUGAUUAG